ACGUUCGGUUCAUUUCAUGAUAAGAGUGAGCUUACGACAUUAUCGAAACAAAACAGUUCCAAAUUUGUAAAUUUAUAUUCCCCAAUGAUUAUACAAUUACUAAGUGUUAGAUAAUUUAUUUUUCAAACAUGUUUAAAGUAUUGAAAAAUGGUUUGAAAAAGUAUAAAGACAGACGAGUAAGUGGCAAUUUGAAAAGAUAUUACACGACUCAAGGAGAGGUGCCGAUAUCGGCUGAUGUUGUUGUUAUUGGUGGCGGUAUUGCUGGCUGCAAUACUCUUUAUCAGCUCACAAAAAGAGGUGUUAAUGCUGUUUUAUUGGAAAGAGCAAAAGUCACAAGCGGGACGACUUGGCAUACCGCAGGUUUGGUGUGGUCUUUGCGCCCGAGCGACUUGGAGGUAAAGCUUCUGCAAGACUCCAGAAAUGUUUAUAACAGUCUUGAGAAGGAGACAGGCGAAUAUGCCGGAUGGAUUAAUAACGGUGGCCUAUUUAUAUCACGUAAUGAGGCCCGGACUCAAGAGUAUCUUCGCUUGCACACAAUGGGGAAAGCUAUGGGCAUACCGAGCGAGGUACUCAGCCCGACUGAUGCGCAAAAAGUAUUUCCUAUAUUAGAUCCAUCUGCUUUCGAAAUGGCACUCUAUUCUCCUCAAGACGGCACUGUGGAUCCAUCUAUGUCAUGCAACGCACUGCUAAAAGAAUCCAAAAAGAAUGGCGGUAAAGUAUAUGAAGAAUGCGCCAUACUUGACAUUCAUUAUAGCCACAAUUUACUUGGGAAUAAAGAAGUUACGGGUGUGCACACUGAUAAAGGGUUUAUCAAGACGAAGUGUGUCGUUAAUUGUGCGGGUGCAUGGGGACCCCGAGUGGCUAGAUUCGCUGGAAUUCCAGCCCUUCCCCUAGUUCCGUUUAAACAUGCUUACGUGGUUUCGGAAGGUAUUCCGGAAAUACGUAACGCGCCCAACUUGCGAGACCAUGACGUCAAUCUGUACAUCAAGAUACAGGGCGAGUCCUGUCACAUCGGCGGAUACGAGAAUAACCCUUUGAUAUUAGAUCAGCUUCCAGAUAAUUUACAAUUCCACCUGUACGAUCUUAAUUGGGACGUGUUCAACGUUCACAUGGAAAGUGCCGCGUCUCUGUGUCCAACGCUUGCCAACAUCGGAGUCAAGAGCACUGUUUGCGGACCAGAGUCCUUCACGCCAGACCAUAAACCAUUGUUGGGAGAAGAUCCUAACCUCUUUGGUUUGUACCAUAAUUGUGGCUACAACUCCUCUGGGAUGAUGUUUUCUGCUGGAUGUGGUAUUCAACUGGCAGAAUGGAUUAUCAAAGGCAGGCCGAAUUACAACAUGUUUACCUUCGACAUUCGCCGGUUCACCCCAUCGCAGAUGUCUCGAGCACACUGGGCCCGCGAGGCCAGCUUCGAAUCAUAUGUCAAGAACUAUUCAAUUGUUUUCCCCAACGAUGAGCCUCUGGCUGGACGGGAUACAAGCCACGACGCUCUGCAUCAAGAGCUAGUAGAAGACGGAGCGAUCAUGCAGUCGAGAGGCGGCUGGGAGCGACCUGCCUUUUUUAUGCCUGGUGAAAAGGUCAGGGUUCAACAAUAUGACUGGGGUGGUGCUCAUGAUUAUCCAAGAAAUCAGGACACGAGAUACGAGGACAUAUUGAAAGGAGAAUACACAUUCGGAUUUUCAAAACAUUUUGACAUUAUCAAAAAAGAAGCUCUUGCUGCCCGGAAUUCGGCCGCACUCUUCAACUUAUCGUACUACGGCAAGUUUUAUUUGACUGGUCCUGACGCGCAGAGAACAGCUGAUCUGGCCUUCACUGCCAACCUUUCGAAAAGAACGGAUGGUGUUGUGUACUCCCUGCUGCUGAAUGAGAAAGGUGGAGUAGAAGCUGAUGUAACAGUGAGUGUGUUGGACGGAAGUGGAAGUGGACAACUUCAUGAGCCUAUUUUCAAAGGCAGAGGGUACUACGUCGUGACGAGCGGUUUUAGUGCGAACCACACACUGGCGCAUAUGCGGCGAAUUAUACAAAAACACAAAUUGCGAGCUACCAUUACUGACGUCACGAAACAGCUGUGCGUGCUUGGUAUCCAGGGGCCUGACAGCCAACGUAUUCUACAGCGGUACACAAACGCCGGACUAUCAAAUGACGCCUUCCCCGUCCAUACGCACCGAAGCAUAGAUAUUUCAAAAGCACCUUACUCUUCGGAUAAGACGACCCACACUUGCCGAGCGCUGCGAGUUGCUUGGUCGGGUGAACUGGGCUGGGAGCUUCAUGUGCCCUCAUCACAUGCUAUUGCCGUGUACAAGGCAUUGAAAACUGCGAAAGAUUUGACCAACUCUGGCUGGAGGGCUUUGACCUCUUUGAGCGCAGAAAAAGGUUAUCACUUAUGGAAUACCGAUUUGCGUAAUGAUGACAACCCAAUAGAAGCCAACCUGAGUUUCGCGUGUCGCAACGACGGCGAUUACAUUGGUAAUGAAGCUGUGGCCAAGAUCAAAAGAAAUGGAGUAACGAAAAAAUAUGUUUAUUUCACUCUAGAUGAAAAGGUGCCAUUAUUUGGACAGGAAGCUAUAUACAGAAAUGAAGAAAUAGUUGGUUAUUUGCGUAGAGGUGACUAUGGAUAUUAUAUUGACAAACCCAUCGGUAUUGGGUAUGUAGAAAAUAAGGGAGAUGUUGUUACGAAGAAAUAUUUACAACAAGGUAAAUACCAGAUUGAAAUAAUGGGUAAGAAAUACGACGCAACGUUCCAUUACAAGUCUCCGUUUGACCCGAACGGCCUGAGACUUUUGGGUAAUUAUGGUGAAAUAAAAAUGGACGAAAACACACACGAACCACAUGCAGGACAGAAUGAGAGAGCUGGCGGGGUUGAAUAGAAUUUGUGCUUAGUGUAUGCUGAUUACCAUUGGAUAAUUUAUAUCACGGACACAAUAUUAUUUACAAUUUCAUGACUGCGAUCACAUUUAAAUCUUAACUGGAGAGACGCUAAUGAUACCCGAAUACGUGACAUUUUUGCGAUAAUACCUACUUAAAAAAUAAUAAAAAAUAUGACAUUUUUGCGAUAAUACCUAUAUAAAGAAAAAAGUAUCAUUAAAAUAAAAAAUAUUCCAGAUUACACAGAAAAGAAGUGAAACUUCUUGAUGACAUAUCAUGUUUCUACUAUUUACAAACUCACGGAAAUUCGGUAGAUGAGGCUUAUGAAAAAAAAUAGGUAAUCAGUUUACAAAAGUUUUAUCAAACUUUAAUAUUCACAUUUCAUAUUUAUCUUAAUAAAAUAAAUCAAUCAGAAUGUAUUUAGAAAACUUCAAAUGACAGAGUUGUCAGUACAGUGACACUUAACACGAAAAUGACCUUGCUAUAAAAUUACUCUCUUUAAAAAUAAAUAUUAUUAUUUAUUGACCACUUAGUAAACAUAACCGAAAGUUAAAUAAUUAUUUAAGCAACCUAUGGUCACGCACGGGUUACAUGAUAAUAACGGGUUGCGUAAUUCGAAAGCGGGAAGCGCGACAUUCGCACCGCACCUAUCGACGCUUGCGAUCAACUAACGAAAGAAUCGCGAAGUGAGGUGAUGCAACCUUACUACAUUUUUUACAAUACACGUUUAUAAUUUCUAACAGUUAAUAUUAAUCAAUUUCGUAGAACUAGCGUAGUCUUAAGGUGGUUUAAUUAAGCCACCUGAAUUUUAAUAAUGUAAGUUUAAUAACUUACAUUAUUAAAAUUAAAUUAGGUUAUUAAACUUUCAUUAUUAAAAUUCAUAAAUUCAAGAUCAUACUAGUUGCAAUAAAAUUAUAGUUAAAAUGUAGAUACACCACUCUGGUUCCGAUGGCCCCAUCUAAAUCUUGUUUUUUCUGUGCCGCAAAUAAAUUUUAAUUAUAACAGAAGACCGAAAUAUAUCCAUCUACUAAAAUUCAAAUUAAUUUAACUUGCAUGGUCUUUAUCAUUGUUGACAGAAUCUAAAUUUUGGUGUGAUAGUUUAAACAUUAUACACUAUAAUAUAAUAUAUUGUAAACUAUCACCUGUUAGAACCUGUGUGCGUGUAAUUGUGUGGAUGAGUGUGUGCCUGUCUAAAAUCAAAAUUUGGCAACUGGUUAAGUGCCAAUAUGAAUGGUGUUAAAAUAAAUGUUUUUGUAUAAAAAUGA